CCCGCGCUGUAAACUAAUGGCGGAACCCCGCAAAGACAAACCGUAGCCGUACACAUCCCGAGAGGUAGGCACCCGAUUGGCAACAGGCGGCCGCCCGGUGCGGCCUCGCAUGCGCCCUCGGCUACGUGCCCAGGCGCUCCGGCGCCACGUCGCGUGGAGGGGAUGGACCUGCCCGGCCCCCUGCCUUUACGCCUCCCGACUUGUAUAUACUGCCGGCAUCCGAUGAGAACAAACUGUCGUCUCUACCGGGUUGCUUCGAGCUUGAGCAUCGGAUCUCUUCUCUGUGAGGUCAGCCGUCAGGGAGUCGAGGCUUUGCAGGGGAGAUGAAGAGGCUGCUUGUUCAUGGCCACUUCGGUUGCCCUUCCAGGGGUUUGGUGGAGGGCAGAUCCUGUGCUCUCCCUGCACUCUGCAACAGUGUUCUUCCCCACUACAGAUACUAUUCAGCCGAGAAACAUAAGCAUGAUGACACACUAGGUGAGAUCGGAGAAAAGGCAAGAUCAACUGCAGAAGAGUUCCUGAGAGUGGCCAAGGAGAAGACUGACGAGGUCACCGAGGGCGCAAAGGAAACAUUGCACGAGACGAAGGAAGCAGUGGUCGGGGAGUCGGAUGACGAGAAGGAGAAGUUCAAAAGGAGGGUUGAGGAUGGGAGGUACCAUCAUCAGAAAUAAAGUGGCAAGUGUUCUCUUGUUAAGUUACAGAGCCUGUAGUUUAUGGAAAUGCUAAUCUUUGCAUCUAGGCAUGUCUAGGUGUGUUACCCACUUUUCACCUUCAAUAAUGUGAUCUUGAGUACUACAAAUGUUAUCUCCUGUAGAAUAAAUAAGAUUUGGGUUUCGUACUUCAA